AUGUCCAACGAAGCAGAUGUCGCUGAGGCGGCACAAGGCAAAGUCGAUAGGCGCUCGAAUGUUUCCCCCGCGCCAACGCAGUCCAAGAAAGAGAAGAAGCGCUUGCAACUAGUCGAGCGUCUCCAAUCGCUAUCCGAGCAAUUCGACAUUAAUAGGGAUAGAGAAUACCGGGAGAUGCUCAGCAAGAUCCAGUUGGACACAGCGCUCGUCAUGCAGGUUGAUCCAUAUGCGGCACAGCCGCUGGCCGCUAUCGACAAGUCGCAGAGCUUCAGCGAUAGUAUUAAUCCUCAGCUUCGCGGUGCGACAAUAUUGGAAAUGGCCGGACCCAAGUUUCAGGAAUGGGUCAACACCAUCGAGGAUCUCGUUGAGCGUCGUGAUUUUGAGUUGACUCGCCACAAGGACGAGUACGACAUGAAGAGUAACGAGCAUAGGAAUGUGUACAUAUACAAAUCCGAGGUUGCCAAGCGGGAACACAAGGCACUAUCGCAAACGCUGCGCGACCGGCUGGUCAACACGAUCAAUUCCAAAAGAGCUCGCCUCACAAAAGAGAAGGAGGCCUUUGAGAUUUCAGACGCAUCUGCCCUUCUAUUACACCCGAACCAGUAUUCGAUCGCAAACCCAUCUAGUCCUGGUGGCACGCAUACAAAGAGGGCUACAAGACUUCGUCAGACAGCCGACGAGGCGGAUACGAGGAAGCGAAAGCGGAACGGUGGCGGUGAUGACGAUGGUUCGCCGGCCCCGCAGCGCAGAGUAUUGGAUAACAACAACACCACUGCCAUGUGGCAGAACGACCGUCUUACCACACGCAGAGUGACGGGCCCGAUUUACAGCAUCGACAAGUUAUUCACGGAUAAGGAGCUGACGAUGCAGUACAACGCUGCGGCGCUCGCUGCUCAUAAAUACCUGCUCACGAGCAAGUCAAAAGCAAGUGGCUCGGGUGUAAACGGCUCACCCGACGACAGUGACACGGGCGAGAAUGAGGACGGUGACCAGGACAACAGUGAACACGGCCAUUCGGCACCCAUGAUGGAGCGGGUGCCGUCGCAUGCAACAAGGAGCCGUGGUGGUGCCAACGCUUCAAAUUUUAUAGACGAGAAGAUCGUCGGUCUCGAGGCGCUCACCAACUUUGAGAUCCCUGGAAACUUGGAGAAGAUGGCAGCGGCGGUGCCAAAGCUGCCACCAGUGUUCCUUGCCACUUAUGCCAAGUCAUACAGCAACAAAGAUGGAAAUACGCCCACAACACUACCCCCCGAUGAAGUCAACUCGGACCUGGCCGUGAUGAACAUCCUGAAGCAGUAUGAGAACAUCCACGGGGUGGGCUCCAACCUCGAUAACGCCAACGGCUGCCGCAAAGUCCUCGAGGCAACAGCAUACUCAGUGCGCGAUGAUAGGUACGCCGUGUACCUCGAUGCCCCCCGUCAUUCCACGGCCGAAGACUUACGAUCCGAUUUGAAGCUCCCUGCAACAGCGUCGGCAUUAUCUAACACGCGAGGUCCCCCAACACCAAAUACAAAGGCGGGCCCGACAUCGGCCCCUGGAGCCAGCCCGAUGAGCCGACAAAGCAGUCAAGGCGGCGUAGCGAUGGCCCGGCAGGGCAGCAAUACCAGAUCUCAACGAAGACACCCGAAGCGUAACCAGCUGAAAUGGCACGGCGACUCACAGAGCCGCUGCGCAGUGUACCAGUUCAACACCAAGAAGAAGGAUCAGCUGUUCUGCCCCAAGUGCGGCAGCAGCAUCGGGAUUGAUUUCCGCGACGUCAGGGAUGGAUAUGGCAUCAGUGUCCGCACAUUCAACAACAUCAAUCUGGCCGAUCUUCAGUACCAAGUUGGCGACGGGCUCAACGACGUCGAGCCAGCUACUGACUUGUCAGGCAUGUGGUACGAGGAGGACGCGGAUGGAGCCAAAGACGGAAAUGACAAGGCGUAG